AUGUUUGCUGUCAGAAUUGUCUUAUGUGGCACCCAGUUAGGAAAACAAAGCAGAGUGCACACUAAAGGCACGAAUGCAUCUGCAUUUGACCAGCUUGUUCUUACACUUGCGUGGGAUAGAGUUGACAUAGCCAAAAAUCAUGUUUUUGUUUAUGGGCAACAGUGGCUGGUUGGCUCUCUGGAACAAGCUAUGUUAGAUGCCCUUGUGAUGGAUAGAGUUGCAUUUGUGAAACUUUUGAUUGAAAAUGGAGUAAGCAUGCACAAAUUUCUUACAAUUCCUAGGCUGGAAGAACUUUAUAACACAAAACAAGGCCCAACUAAUCCAACGCUCUUUCAUCUUGUUCGAGAUGUCAAACAGGGAAAUCUUCCUCCAGGAUAUAAAAUCAACCUGAUUGAUGUGGGGCUGGUUAUUGAAUAUCUGAUGGGAGGAACCUAUAGAUGCACCUAUACAAGAAAACGCUUUCGAGCUAUAUACAAUAGUCUCAGCGGGAACAAUCGGCGAUCUGGGCGAAAUCCUUCAAAUACUACUCCUCAGAUGUGUAAAAGCCAUGAGUCUUUUGGUAACAGGGCAGACAAGAAAGAAAAAAUGCGCCAUAAUCACUUCAUCAAAACAGCCCAGCCAUACAAACCAAAGAUUGACACUGGUGCAGAAGAGGGAAAAAAGAAAAGAACCAAAGAUGAAAUAGUAGACAUAGAUGAUCCUGAAACAAGACGUUUUGCUUAUCCUCUCAACGAGCUGUUGCUUUGGGCGGUGUUAAUGAAGAGGCAGAAGAUGGCCCUGUUCUUCUGGCAGCAUGGAGAGGAGUCCAUGGCAAAAGCCUUAGUCGCUUGCAAAGUGUAUCGUUCAAUGGCAUAUGAAGCAAAACAAAGUGACCUUGUUGAUGAUACUUCAGAAGAAUUGAAACAGUAUUCCAAUGAGUUUGGUCAACUGGCAGUUGAACUGUUAGAACAGUCCUUCCGACAAGAUGAAACUAUGGCAAUGAAAUUACUAACCUAUGAGCUUAAAAACUGGAGCAACUCAACUUGUCUGAAGCUAGCAGUGUCGUCAAGGCUUCGUCCGUUUGUAGCACAUACUUGUACACAGAUGUUGUUGUCAGAUAUGUGGAUGGGAAGGCUGAACAUGAGGAAGAAUUCAUGGUACAAAGUGAUACUGAGUAUUUUACUCCCUCCUGCUAUACUGCUGUUGGAAUAUAAGACCAAGGCUGAAAUGUCACAUAUUCCUCAAUCUCAAGAUGCACAUCAGAUGGCAAUGGAUGACAGUGAGAACAACUUCCAGAAUGCAGCAGAUGAAAUACCUAUGGAGGUAUUUAAAGAAGUCAGGAUCUUGGACAGUACUUUAGAAAAGCAUGAUAUGGAGACUCCAGCAAAACCUAAAAGACUUCCAAUUACACAGAAGUUUUAUGCAUUUUAUCAUGCACCAAUUGUGAAGUUUUGGUUUAAUACGUUGGCAUACUUAGGAUUCCUCAUGCUCUACACAUUUGUGGUUCUUGUAAAAAUGGAAGAAUUGCCGUCCGUUCAAGAGUGGAUUGUUAUUGCUUACAUUUUCACAUCAGCAAUUGAGAAAAUUCGUGAGAUUUUUAUGUCAGAGGCUGGGAAGAUUAAUCAGAAGAUUAAAGUGUGGUUCAGUGAUUACUUCAAUAUCAGUGACACAGUUGCCAUUGUCACAUUCUUCAUCGGGUUUGCAUUAAGAUUUGGAGCAAAGGGGAAUUUUGGUGAAAACACUUACAGAGAAAACUACAUCUUCGUUGCUGGAAGGAUAACUUACUGUCUCAAUAUAAUUUUUUGGUAUGUGCGAUUACUGGAUUUUCUAGCUGUAAAUCAACAGGCUGGCCCUUAUGUGAUGAUGAUUGGGAAAAUGGUGGCCAACAUGUUUUACAUUGUGGUGAUUAUGGCGCUUGUACUGCUUAGUUUUGGUGUUCCCAGGAAGGCAAUAUUGUAUCCUGAUGAGGCACCCUCCUGGACUCUUGCUAGAGAUAUUGUGUUUCAUCCGUACUGGAUGAUUUUUGGUGAAGUGUAUGCCUAUGAAAUUGAUGUAUGUGCAAAUGAUUCUGAUGAAAAAGUUGCUCAUCUCUGUGGCCCAGGAACAUGGUUGACCCCAUUUCUUCAAGCUGUCUACCUCUUUGUACAGUAUAUAAUUAUGGUUAAUCUCCUUAUUGCAUUUUUCAACAACGUGUAUUUACAAGUCAAGGCAAUUUCAAACAUUGUGUGGAAGUAUCAACGCUAUCAUUUCAUUAUGGCCUACCAUGAAAAACCUGUUCUGCCUCCACCGCUUAUUAUUCUUAGCCACAUGGCUUCCCUGUUCUGUUGUAUAUGUAAAAGAAGAAAGACAGACAAGACUUCAGAUGGGCCAAAACUCUUCCUGACAGAAGAAGAUCAAAAGAAACUGCAUGAUUUUGAAGAGCUGUGUGUUGAAAUGUAUUUCAAUGAAAAGGAUGAUAAAUUUCAUUCCGGAAGUGAGGAGAGGAUUCGGGUCACAUUUGAACGGGUGGAACAAAUGUGCAUUCAGAUAAAGGAAGUUGGUGAUCGUGUCAACUACAUAAAACGGUCAUUACAGUCUUUAGAUUCACAGAUUGGCCACCUACAGGAUCUCUCUGCUCUAACUGUGGAUACUCUGAAAACACUGACUGCACAGAAAGCUUCAGAAGCUAGCAAGGUUCAUAAUGAAAUCACACGGGAAUUAAGCAUUUCAAAACACCUGGCACAAAACCUCAUUGAGGAUGGCUCUCUAAGAUCUUCUGUGUGGAAGAAGCACAGCAUUGGAAAUGUCUUCGGUUCUUUUCCGCAAGGAGGCCUUGAAAGUAAUAAUGCUUUACUCUGUAACAUUUCUAUACGUGAUGAAAAAGAUGUCCAGCAUAAGACAAUUGGUCAGGAGUUAGCUCCAGUUCCCCGUAGAGAAGAAAUAAACUUUCAGGAGGCAGGUUCCUCAGACAGUGCCUUAUUUUCAAAUGCUGUUUCCCCUCCGGAACUUCGCCAACGAAUACAGGCUGCAGAGAUCUCAAAAUCCGUUAGUAAAAGUAAAAAAUUAGGCAAUUCAUCCAACAGCAUGCCACAUGUAACAUCCCCAACAGCUAAAUUUUUUGUUAGCACUCCAUCUCGGCCCAGUUGCAAAAGUCAGCUGGAUUCUUCAGCAAAGCAUGAAGAGACUGUUUUCUCUAAGGCUACAGAAGGAGAUAAUAAUGUAGAAUUUGGUGCAUUUGUGGGUAAGUAUAACAAAGUAGAUUCUGAAUGUCCUGAAGUCAUUAUUAGCUGCUCUUAUCCUCUUGCUUCUGGCUCUGCUUGCCUUGCUUUCACCCAACCUUGUGUUGAAAAUGGAGGAUACAUUAAUUGUGGUUUUGUUCAUGAUGAGAGUGACACUAAUGAUAACUACAGCUGCAGAGUUGACAAAUGUGAUCACCAGUCCUCUGUCAACUUAUUGAAGAACAACCUCAAAAUGAAGUUCUCUUUGUCAACUGGCGACUUGACGUCAACAGUCAACUGUGGUGGCUCACAUGGAAAAUUGAAUAUUAAAGAUGAACUUUCCAAAAGUCAGCAUGUCCAUGCAAUGGAACUACAAACCCAAGAUUUAUGUUCUAACAUCCUUAUGGGACAGCUUCAUAAACUGUGGACCAAAUCUAAGCCACAAGGUCACAGAGACAGCAUGGAGUUACAGCGGUUUAAAGAGGCAGCAAACAAAAUUAAAGAAAGAAGUGAUGAUAUUGAGGAGCAACAGGAAGACUUCAAAAAAGCUAUAUUAGAGGGCAUAGAGACAACCAGACUUCAAGGUCUUCAAACUGACUGUGGUCUGAGACAAUCGAGUUCUUGCGGUGGGUUUACUGACCCUCUGGCAGUCCAUUCAGAACAAUUGUACAGCAAGAGUGGAAGAGCAUCGAGUGAAGACACUCAGCGAGUAGACUCUAAAGCAGCAUUACUGACGGAUUGGUUACAAGGUAGACCUUCAACUAGCAGUCAAAUGCCAUCUGAAGAAGAUGCGUUGAAUGGUAUUGCAUCUCCUUUCAAGCCUAUCAUGGAUAUCAAUUACUAUUACUCAGCUGUAGAAAGGAAUAACUUGAUGAGAUUAUCACAGAGCAUUCCAUUCACUCCUGUGCCUCCAAGAGGUGAACCAGUGACCGUGUAUCGCCUUGAAGAAAGUUCUCCCAGCAUCUUGAAUAACAGCAUGUCUUCCUGGUCACAACUAGGACUCUGUGCUAAAAUUGAAUUUUUAAGUAAAGAGGAGAUGGGAGGAGGUUUACGUCGAGCUCUUAAAGUAGUAUGCACGUGGUCAGAAUAUGAUAUCCUGAAGUCAGGACAUCUUUAUAUCAUCAAGUCUUUUCUUCCUGAAGUUGUGAAUACUUGGUCAAGCAUUUAUAAGGACGACACUGUGUUACACUUGUGCUUGAGAGAAAUCCAGCAGCAGAGAGCAGCGCAGAAGCUCACCUUCGCUUUCAAUCAAAUGAAGCCCAAAUCCAUUCCAUACUCUCCAAGGUUCCUGGAAGUUUUUCUGUUAUAUUGCCACUCUGCUGGUCAGUGGUUUGCAGUUGAAGAGUGCAUGACUGGAGAGUUUAGAAAAUACAACAACAAUAAUGGUGAUGAAAUAAUUCCAACUAACAUGCUAGAGGAGGUUAUGCUAGCUUUCAGCCAUUGGACAUAUGAGUACACAAGAGGAGAAUUGUUGGUACUAGAUCUGCAAGGUGUUGGUGAAAAUUUGACAGAUCCCUCUGUGAUAAAAGCUGGAGAAAAAAGGUCAUAUGAUAUGGUGUUCGGUCCAGCCAACUUGGGAGAAGAUGCAAUAAAGAACUUCAGAGCCAAGCAUCACUGUAACUCCUGCUGCAGGAAACUUAAACUUCCUGAUCUGAAGAGGAAUGAUUACACACCUGACAAGAUCAUAUUUCCUCAGGAUGAUUCCCCUGAAUUGACAAUUCAGCCUGGAAGCUGCACCAAAGAAUCCGAUUCAACUAAUUCUAUUCGUCUGAUGCUCUAA